AAGCAUACUUGGUUUUAAGCUGCGGCCGCUCGCGUCAAAUAGAACUGCCUCCCAGCAAGAGAAAGAGAGCUCUAGGCAACCUCCAGGGCCUCCUUCGUGGAACGCACCAUCGUCUUCGCAUCGCUUCCGCCGCGAGCCGAGCACAGCAGCGCUGCAGCCGAACGCGCGCGGCAAUGAUGGCGCGCGAGCACGGCUCACGAAUACUGAAUUGGUGGCGACGAUUGCGGACCUGCGACCGCCUCGCGCUAUGUGUAGCAUUCAUUCUCGCCGCGGCAUUGGUAAGAGAAAUGCCGGUGUCGAGCGACGACGGCGGCACGGCCGCCUGGGACGCGCCUCCACAACCGUAUGACGCGGCACGAGCGAAAAAGCAACUCUGGGGCGGCUCCAACGCCACUCGUUUACCAACGGUCGCCGCGUGCGCGCGCGUGCGGAAUGAAGGACCUUACUUAAAAGAGUGGAUCGAGUUCCACCUGUUGACGGGCAUGUCGCACUUCUACAUCUUCGACGACGCGUCGUCUGAUAACACUCGAGAAGUGUUACAACCUUACGUACAACGAGGUAUUGUACGAUUAUGGUCCGUCCAGGAGAAGUGCCCAAAGCACCGGGAAGAGAUCUGCGUGAGUCGUGAGCACGACGCGGAACAUGGGGAGAGGGGUUUUCGCGACGAGUGCCUGCGGUUCAACCCCGAUGGGGCGGCCUGGGUCGCGGCGAUCGACGUCGACGAAUUCCUCUACCCGAGCGCGGGCACGUCGCUGCCGCAGCACCUCGCGCAGAACUGCGCUCCUUCCUUAGCCUAUGCUUUGGUGCGGUGGAAGGUCUUCGGGAGUGGUGGGUAUCGAAGGAAGCCCGCCGGCACGUCCGUCGAUGCGUACCGAGCGCGAUCCGUUUCUGAUGAUACGGGAUGCUAUCCUCGCCUUACUUGUGGCGACGAAUAUGCUCCCCCAGUUUGUGCCAAAGUCAUCGCGCGAGCGAAGUGCGUCCAGAAACAAGGCACGCACUACGUCGUCCAAGCUGACGGGUGCGAGUCGAUAUAUGCACCAGAGGGUAGUGGCAGGGGCAUCGGCAAGCUCGCCGCGCCUCUUUCUACGGAUUUCGCGCGAAGUCAACACGCGACAUGCUCAGCGCCUUUACGAUUGAACCACUACGCCGUGCGAUCACGAGAAGAAUACGUCCAGAAAUUCUCGCGAGGGCGGAUCUCGUCCGGUGCUAGAGAUACAAAAAAAGGCAUCGCGACGCGCGGCCCGAACGGCGGCUAUCUCCGAGAGGUCGAUGAGAGGGACCGGGAGGACUUCAUCGACGCUGAGGUAAUACCCAAAGAAACGCGGGCCUCGAAGUUAACGAGUACGAAGGAUUUGAUGCUAGCUGAAUUUGCUCGUAGGGAUUUCAGUACGGUCUUGGACGAGGGCGCGGCGGUCAAGUACGGUGCUCGACUACGCGAUAAGCUGGGGGCGCCUUCACUCUCAGAUCAUCAGACGUGGGCCUGUUCAGACACCAGUCGAGAUAGUGCUUCCCUGGAAGCGGCUCGAGUGUGGCAUCAUCUCACACCGAUCACGCAUGAAAAGGGCCUGUUCAUUCACAUCCCGAAGACCGCGGGCACUUCAUUAAAUUCGAUACUGAGGGAGGCGUCUGUCAGAGAAAAAAAGACGUUCUGCGAGCUUUCAUUUAAGGAGCUGGACGACCGGUCUUCGAGGUUUCGCCGGGCGAGGAGCUGCCAUUUGGUGAGCGCGGAGACGGACGUCUCGGCACUGCUCCAGUGGCCGUCGCGCAAAACGGUCGCGGCGUUCACGUUUCUCAGGGAUCCCCUGUCCAGAGCGGUGUCGCAGGUCGAGCACCAUAGAUCCGUGGGCGGCCGCAUUAAUGAACAAGGGGAUCCCCGCACGACUCUCGUGAGGCUCGUGUCGCCGAAUUUGUGUCCUCAAUUAGAACGUGACGCGCGGUGUCGGUUCCUGAGGCAUCCCGCAAAAUGCUUGGCCGGGGGCUGGUGCGGCCUCUUCCAGAACCACCAAACGCAAAUCCUGGCUGGCGCUUUACAUGUGUCCGAGGAGGCGCGCGGGGCGGUCCGUAGAAGUGGAGAGAAUUUGUUGUGUGCCGCGAAACGAUCGUUGGCCGCCCUACCGGUCGUAGGACUGACAGAAAGGUUGGCGGACUCGCUCUGCUUGGUGUUUGAUGCGCUGGGGUACCACAAAACAUAUAAGGACUGCUGCGUGCACAAAAAAUGUUCGUUACUGGAUCGGCGGGAGACGCGGCAUUCUGGGGCAGCUAGAGGCAACGCGUCCUACUCGGCGUCCUACUUUUCGGAUGAUGUUUUAUUGGCGGCUUUGUACGAGGGCAACGCCCUCGACUGCGCGUUGUACGCGGCGGCGGCGGAGAGAUUGGGAAGCGACCUCGCGAAGCUCCGGCCGCGGGCGGCGCCCGUCCCUGCUUAUUCCGCGCGGUGCCGGCGCGGGGAAUUGGCGCUGCGGCGGCUGCGGGGGUACUAGUGUAAGCCUGUUGGAUGAGUA